UCCAGAGACAUGAAGCAAUGCACAUCAAGGCCGAAUACUCUUGUGACCUGUGCGGAGAUACAUUUACACAGCCUGAUGAUCUUCAUAACCACUUGUUAACUGUUCACACAACCGUAGCCCAACCCCUAGUGUGCGAAAACUGUAACUUUGUGUUCGAGGACCAAUCAGAAUGGGCAGAGCAUAGACAGUUGCACGAAAAUGACUCGGGGGCACUGGGAGGGACCCCGGUCCCGGUUGAGGGUGGGGAUACAGUGUACCUCACCUCGGGAGAGGGGCUGCUCACCUCUGGGGGUGGUGAUCAGGUCUUGCUUGUUGAGGAGGGGGUGGGGAUAGGAGGCGGGGGUUAUGAUGCCCUCCACUCAGUUCUGGUAUCAGCUGCCAUGAGUGCGGACACGCUGGGGGAAGGCGGUACACAGUUUGUUCAUGUGCUUUGUGUGGACCCAGAAACUGCACAAAUCUCUAACACUGAUCAGACACUUAUUUAAAACUAAACAAUUCUGGUGCAAAUUUGUACAUUUAUUUGGUCAAUACAGUUUGUCCAUAUAUUUUGAAAACUGCACAGAGCAAUAACACAGACCCUAAUAAAUUAUAAAACUUG